UCCAUGUGAGUAUAAAAGCAAGACAGACCAGGCAUGUUACAGGGCAGCAGCUCCACACAGAUACAGAGGUACAUCCAGAGCAUCCUGAACUGCUGACUACAGACCCACAAACACAGAGACAACAUGAAAGCUGUUGCAGCCUUCCUGCUGGUGCUGUGUUACCUGGCCGCCAGUCACGCCUGGUCUUGCAAGGAAGCUCCACGGCUGUAUAACGCUGCACAGGUUGAUGCUGGGCUUGGAAAAGUGAUUGCAAGGGACACAUCGGGCUAUGCGUACCUCCUGAUUAGAACAUCUUGGUACAGACUGACCACGUCAGUUCGAUUCAAGCAUGUCUCUGUCGGAUCUGCAGGAAUCUGGGGAGCUGACACUUCAAACAGGGCCCAGAAAUUCAUAGCUGGAGUGUUUCGACAAUCCAGUGGUACGAACGUGCAGCAGGUGGAUGCUGGAGGUGCUGGUCAGGUUGUGGGAGUCGGUACCUCCAACCACGCCUACUGUCUGAGAAGUACCUACGCCUUAGCCUUUGCUGGAACAGGCUCCCUUAGCUGGAGUUACCUGGGUAGGACUCUGAGGUACUACAGUUGCAGUCCACUAAAAGGAUGCUGGGGAGUCGACACUAGUUACCGGGUCUACUACACACAGACAAUAGUCCCAACCAGCUGUGGCACCAGUGGCUGGUAUCAAAUAUCCGGGCUAAGCCUCAAAAUGAUUGAAGUGGGGUCUGAUGGAUCUGUUUUUGGAUUGACCACAGGUGGCAAGGUCUACCAAAGAGCGGGCAUCACCAGUUCUAACCCCAGAGGCACAGGUUGGUCCCUGGUCUCAAUGUGCAUGUCAGUCCGCCACGUGUCCUAUGACCUGGGCAACCUCUGGGUCGUGACCACUUCUGGCUUGCUCAUGAAGUGCACACACUAAUGCUCCCUGUAAAGCAGGUGCUCAGUGUCCACCAGUCUCUGUUUCUCAUGGAAGAUCUCUUUAAGUGGUGUGUAGGCUGUCUACAAUGACUAACUGACUGGCUUUUGAUUUUUUCUUCUCAGUGUAAAAGCUAGUAGAUACAAUGGUAAAUAUUAAGAAAAUACUGCUAUUCAAAUAUAUUGGACUGUGUAAUAUUAGUUAUAAAUGACGAUAACAAAUGAGCGGUGUAAGAGUAGCCUAAUGCAGUAAAUAUACUUAUGUAUAUUUACAUUCAUGUUUAACAAUGUAUAACAACAAUCAAGCCUGUAUAACCUCCAGCUGCCAGUUGGCAUACUUUCUACUGUGCUAAUAAAUCAUAAUGCAAGCAA